AUGGCGGAGGUAGUAGGCCUGGUCGCCAGCGUCGUUCAGCUGGCUGGCGCAGGCUUGAACCUGUCAGAAACGUUGUACCACUAUGUUGAUGGCGUGGCUACUGCCGAUCGCAGGAUCCAGGAUAUCGCGAACGAAGUCAAACUCACAAGUUCGGUCAUCAAAGAGCUGGGGACCAUCUUCGAGAAAAACGAUACAGCAAACCUGAUUUCGGAAAAUGCGGUCAAGACGGCGAACGAGACAUUCAAGGAGUGCUUUGCAGUCUUCACGGAGCUUGACUUGAAGAUCAACAGGGGCAAGCCAGGCAAGCCAGAUAAGAUAGGAAAAAUGAGUCGACUGAUGUUACCCUUCAAAGAAAACAAGAUCGAACUUCUGCGAAGCCAAAUUGAAAAGCUCAAGAGUACGCUGCAGCUGCUGAUGCAGGUCCUCAUACAUGCCCACCAAGUCUCUUCAGAAAAGUACAGCCGCGAGGCUGAAGCGAAACACCGGGAAGAGAUUAAGCAGUUGCUCGAAAACAAGAAGCAGGCCACGAAGAAGUACGAGGAGUCGCUAAGAAAUUUCAGUAUCAGCGACGGCAGCACUGCUGUGGAUGAUGGCGAUCGAUCAGUACAAGAUGAAGACGACUUUGGUUCGUCGUCUAACCUCUUCAACGCUGCGGGAGCCAUGGGCUCAACGAUCAACCCCGAUACAAUUGCCACAUGUGUCGACCAUGUACGAAGCCUGCUCGCAGAUAUUGAGACAUUGCAGCUUGCUUUGGCCAGACAAGUAAAUGGGGACGACCACUCAGAUCACCAUCAGAAGGCUAUUGGAUCUUACUUUCUCGCUCGCUCUCAUCUCGACAGUGUCCUGCUUGGCAAGUCUCAAGCCAAUGUCACUGAUGCGCAAAUGCGGCAAUCGAGCAGCGAAGCGAGCGGAGAGAACAUAGCAUCUGCUGUGGCAAAUGUAACGCCGCCCGAUAGCCACGCCCUCGCCGCUUUGCGCGACGAAAGGGCACGAAAAGAAAUGAAGAUAAAGAUGGAAAUGGAAAUGGAGCGGGCACGUAUCGUUGCUGAAGCGAGAACGAAGUCAGCCGACGUAAGCAUAAAUGACAAGGAGAGAGAGGCAGCUUGGAUGAUAGAACGAGAAGUGCGCCUUGAGCGCGAAGCCAGAGAUCAAGUGAGGGCCGAAACGGAGCGUGAACGCAGGGCGCACGGGUCAGUUCAUCGCCCUGCAUUGCGUCCGGAUAGUAUCGAAGAUUUUCCCAUCGAUUUUCCUCCUAGUGCUGAGUAUAGGCAAACCAAGUACCGCGAGGAGCAUGCAUCACCUCGCCGCACCAGUUCCGAGAACCGUGAACUACGCAAAGUUGAAGAGGAGCGUGCACCCAAUCGAAUUGCAGCUGGGCCGCCUAUUCUUCGGUCCAAACCCUCGAGCUCUCCUGUAGGUGACGUUCAGCCCCGCUCUAUAAGCCAGGCGAAGUUCGGGAAGCUGGAAGCUCGCGCUCGAGGCGAGAGACUUUGGCAAGAAGAGAUGCGAAGAAGAGAGGGCAUUACUACUCCUGCAAGGGAUGAUGUAUUCCCCAAGCGCGGCUCACGUCCACGUGCAUCAUUACAGCCAUCGCAGUCAGUCCGCGAUAAACCUCGUUCACUAUCAGCUUCAUACCUGUUAGAAGAGCGCCGUCCAUCCACAGUUAUCGUUAAUACCGCAACUUCACCUCCUAAGAAAGUGUACAAGAAGUUGUAUUCGAAGGACGCACCGAAACUUGUGAUCGCUGAGCAGCGUUUGAGAUCUAGAAGUAGAGAACGCCCUUACGACAGCAGUAAGCCCCGACCGCGCCUUCAUGGCAUGAGUGAUAGCGAUAGCGAUCGCCCCACAGUGCCCGCAAGCAUGUAUCGCGACACAGAGCCAGCCUGGCGAAAGCCACGUCCUUACAGCUUGGAACGUGGCUCUCGUCCCACCAGCAUGAUCUCGGAGCGUCCUAGGCCGUCGCGCCGCAAGUCCAUCGAUGAAGUCAAGGAUUUCGACGAGUCAGCGGGCGUAGGGGGAAUCAUCGGCGCAGCCACCAGCAACCGUGACCAAUUCCGCUCACGCUCUCCUUCAGAUCACUCGAACGAAGACGCUGGUAUCAUCAGACCGUCCAAACGUGUACAAGAAGAGGGCAGGACCAAGAAGCGAGAAGAAAAGAUGCUUGACGAGUGGGGAUUGAAACCGAGGAGGGAAGGGCUAGAGAAAGCAAGACGCGAUAUGAAAGGGAAGAGUCCAAAGAGUAGGUCUAGUCCUGUUUUUGGAACUUUUGGUGUCCAAGUCUACAGAAUACUUAAGUACCACAACAUCGAGAGUACAACGCUAACGCUACCAUCAACAGACCCAACGGGUACGAAGGAGAAGAAACAAGGAAGAAUAAGUUUACAGAGCUCCGCUGGAGCUAUGUGUAAGUUAGACUCAUUCGCCCGUUACAGCAUGUCACUGACACAGUGUAGCCAGCUACCCGUUGCCUGA